GUCUCUGUCGUGCCUCCAGACUACAUUUCCCAGGAGCCUUCGCGGCCUAGCCCUUCUUUGGUCUUCUGCCUAACUAAUACAUUUCCCAGAAAGAAUUGCGGCAGCCACGGACCUCGACCUACAGAGUCUAAGUCCAUUGCGGCUGACAGCGACCACUACAUUUCCCAGGAGUCUCAGCAGAGACACCAACCGGAAGCGGUGGGCGAAUUACUUGUCCUUGCGCGGCGAGUGAAGCGAGAGACUAACCAUGGUGGCUCGAGUGUGGUCGCUAAUGAGGUUCCUCAUUAAGGGAAGUGUGGCUGGAGGAGCAGUCUACCUUGUUUAUGACCAGGAGCUGCUGGGGCCUAGCGACAAGAGUGAGGCUGCCCUGCGGAAGGCCGAGGAGGUUGUGCCACCAGCAAUGUACCAGUUCAGCCAAUAUGUGUGCCAGCAGACGGGUCUGGAGAUGCCGCAGCUCCCAACCCCUCCAAAGAUUAAGUUUCCAAACUUCCGUGAUUCCUGGAACUCAGGCAUCAUCUCAGUCAUGUCAGCCUUGUCGGUGGCCCCCUCCAAGGCCCGAGAAUACUCCAAGGAGGGCUGGGAAUACCUCAAGGAACACAGCAAGUAAUGGAUGCCACCUGCCCCAGCAUUAUGGGAAUCAAGACCAGGAUGGUACAGAUAUCCCAGUGGGGACCUCACUCUGAGGGCAGCUUCCAGCAUUGCUGGCCCAAUAAAGGACUUGGGAAUGGUC